AUGGGUCCUACCUUUACCGAGGGUGGCAUCGUACAGCACUUGGCCAAGCUCCGAAACCUCAUGAUGGCCGCUGGCAUUCCUGUGCCACCAUCUGUGAAGCGAGGCAUGAUCACCAAAGCACCGUCCAGGAUCUAUGGCAGUGCCGCCAACCCUCGUGUCAAACUCGAACCAAUUCCUGCCCUGUUUCCUGACGGCACCAGUGGCCCGACCAAGAUCAAGAUGGAAGAAGAUGCAGAGCAGCCCGUUUCCAUUUAUGAGCGAGCCAAGCGUGCCGCGAAUAAGUCGAAAGAUGAUAACGGCGAGGACACCACAGAGAAUGCGCUCUUCAACGAACCAGCCAUGCAAGAUGGUCCAGCUAAAUUGGCAGCCAGGGCAAAGGCUAAGACCAGAGGCAAGACGAAGGCGCGCCGUAACAACAUGAGCGAUGACGAGGAGGAGGAGGUUCCAAACCUAUAUGACUCUGACUCCGAAUACGGCUCUCCCAAGAAACGUCGUCGCUCCUCUGCUAGGUCGAAGCGCAAGAUGCCUGCCACUAAAGCCUCUGUCGAAGACCCUCUUGCUCUCUCUGAGGCAACCACAUUGGCUGCACCUAUUGAAGACACUCAAGUCGACGAUGUUAUGGUCAAGGUCGAAGCAGAAGACUCUGGUCCUGCGACCCGCACCCGUGGUGUCAAGCGUGACUACUCCCAGAUGGCGGCUCCUUCCUCUGAUGAGGGCGAGCCCGAAGUCGACCAGCAGGCGCAAGUCGUCGACAAUGGCGUCGAGUAUGACGGCGAGGCUGACCCAUUCGCUGAAGAUGAUGAUAUUGCUAGUGAGGCUGAGACUGAUGUCGUCCACGCCGAGGAUGAUGCUGCAGGAAAGGCAGAGUUUCAAGGUGCAUUCCUCGAGGAAUCACACAUUGUCGACACCCCAUAUGGCCAGGUCUAUGGAAACAAUCAAAUGGUGACUGAUAUGUCUCAACGAUUCCAACCUGGCAAUGUGCAUAGCUUCAAUCGAGUCGAUUACCUGAACAGCGACAACCGAUUCUCGGGUCAACAGUUCGGGUACUCCAACAUUGCCUCGAUGAUGAACUUCAUGCCCCAGGAAAAUGCCUUCAACAGCCAGUUCCCCAGCAUGAGCAUGUACUCGACAUCGAAUGAUUCGUCACGCAACAACUCUCUGGGCGGCGCCAUGGGUUAUUCUAACCUUCCGUCCAUGUCCAACGGCAACUUCUUGAACUCUUUCAGCUUCGACAACGGACAUACCGGCGACGUAAUCAACGAGCAGGAUCACGUCAACAGUAUGCCAGGAGACGACGUCUUCCUGACCACUCAGGACAGCGACUUUCUGGUCGACUCCUAA